AUGUCGGUGGCGUUUUCAUCAGCGCGCCCAAGGAGUAAAGGCGAGGUGACACAACAAACGAUUCAAAAGAUGCUGGAUGAGAAUCAUCAUCUAAUACAAUGCAUAAUGGACUAUCAAAGUAAAGGAAAAACCGCAGAAUGCACGCAGUAUCAACAGAUCUUGCAUAGAAACUUGGUGUACCUGGCCACGAUAGCGGAUUCCAAUCAGAACAUGCAGUCACUGCUACCCGCGCCUCCCACUCCAAACAUGGGUAUGGGUCCGGCGGGGAUGGUCCAGGGGGGUGGCAGUGCCCUCCACUCCCAGAGCAACCUCAAUGACAACAUGACUUCUGGACUGCCUUCCACCUCAAUGAUGCAGAGUCAGAUGAGCAACGGCCCAGGCCACGCCUCCAUGCAGCAGCAGUCUGGUCAGACCGCCUCCAUGCAGCAGCAGUCUGGUCAGACGCAGUCAGCUUUGACCUCCACGUCCCUGAGCCUGCCGCCCGUCAGCCACGGUGGCUCAGCCCCAACCCCGACCCCGACCCCAACCCCGGCCUCUGGUUACAGCCACCCUGUGCCCUCUUCCCAGGGCAGCAUGAUCCAGGGCCCAGGCUACGCUUCCUCUUCCUCCUCCUCAUCCUCCUCUUCCUCCUCCCGCAGCAACCUCAACAUGCAGUCCAACCCAGUCUCCAUGAUGCACCAGCCUUCUGCCACACCCCAUUACUCCUCCUCCCAGGCCGGGGGCCAACACUAUCAGGGACAGCAGGGCAUGGGCGUGAUGGCCCAAGGUAGCCAAGGCAACAGCAUGAUGGCCCAGAGGCCCAUGGGAUCCUACCGACCCUCACAGCAAGGAUCUGCAUGGCAGUACACGGGACAAGACGCGUGCUACGGCGAGCAGUACGGACAAACUCAGAGCUCCAGCGAGCGCAUUAACCAGCAGUAUUACCCUGAUGGUCAUGGAGACUACUCAUACCAGCAGUCUUCGUAUAGUGAACAGGGCUAUGAGAGGCCCUUCGAAGAGUCCUCACAACACUACUACGAAGGAGGUAACCCUCAGUACAGUCAACAGCAGCAGGCCCAGUACCAGCAGGGCUCAGGCCAACAGCAACCCUUCAGCCAACAGCAGUACCCCUCUCAACAGGGCUACAGUGGUCAGACACAGGGCUACGGUUCAGGUCAGGGUGGGUCUUCCCAGUACUCCCAGUAUCAGCAGGGUCAGGGUCAGCAGUACAGCUCAUACCGCUCCUCCCAGGCUGCUCCGGGGCCACAGACACAGAGGCCCUACACCUACGAACAGGGUCAGUAUGGAAACUAUCAGCAAUAAAGCACUUCUUUCUUCCUGAAAGAAGCUGGCCCAGGGAACAUUACACAACAGUUGCUUACAAACAUUUAUUGGAUCAUGGAAUUGUUCACAGUUUUGACUUCAUGGUUGUUUGUUGAGACAUGGGUUAGAAAGUUAAAAUGAGAGACAUGUUCUGCGUGCUUGUUAAAAGGUAAACCGGAAAAACAAGCAUUUCUGUAACGUCAAUGUUCUGUCCUAUGUUGUCUCCUAACAAUGUUCCAAUUAUAGAAAGAGGGCACAUAACCUAAUAAUAUUCAUUGAAGGUAGAUACUUGAACUUAUUUUUGCAGCCAGCAUUUAAAGUAAACAGAAGUGUCUUCCUUCUUGAGUAAAACUUGCCUAUCAUUUUCAUAUGUUGAACAGAAUGAAAGUUAUUGCUUCACAUCCCUACAAAGAGUGAUAUUAGUGUGAAAAUAAGAAGGGUCUUUAUGUAUAUUUACUACAGGAAAGGUCACACAUAGCAUCCUGUAAUUCAUCUUUAAAUGUGAGUUCAUUUGAAACCCCACAUAGGCUUCUAAAUAUUUUCCUAGUCUUCAGUCAAGCCACUAUUCUCAGUCUGUAUGAUAUAGCUGCUAUUUUGCAAAUUAUGUCAAGAAAAGGUCAAGUGACUUUAAUCUGAAAAUCAGACUACUUUCUUCUUGGAUUAGACUAGUUAGCCUAUAUACUGUCAAUUAACAUUAAGGAAAAGUAGUCAAUCAUGAUACAGGGAUCACUUAAAUAAGAGUGAAGAUGUCAGUCUUUGGACCUGUUUUUAGUGCAGGUAAUUAGUUUGUUUAAACCAAACUGUGAUGCAUAGAAGUGGCGUUACCGCUCUGUCGUAGUAUCCAUCUGUCUUGUUGAGGUCAUAGGCAAAAUAGAUUCAUUCUGACUUAGGAGUGUAAAUUAUUGACCUUUCACUGAUACCACUUUAUUUAUUUUGAUAGCUUUUGUAAAAUGUCUUUGCCUGCUUAUGUAUGGACAACUCUGACACUCAAGUUUAAUUUAGUAGUAAUGCUUUAUUAGUAGAUAAUGUUUUUACGGUUUGUAAUCUUCAUAAGCGAUGCCAACAAAAAUGUUGUUGUUUUUUAAAUAAUUUUCUAUGUACUUUUAACAUUUGCUUUAUAUAAUUCUGUUGAAUCUAAUUUAUUUUUUUAAUAUGUUUUAUAAUAGCAGUGUUUUUUUUUCCAUUAGCUUUCUUCAAGUUGUUUUAUUAAUAGACAAUAUAUUACAGCCAAAGUAACACAGGGAGGAUUAGAAUGUGUCCUGCACCUCACCACUUCAAUAUGUGCAAUAUGAUCAGUCCAAGUGGCAGAUGUGCAGAUGUGAAUGAAAUAACCUCCUAUUUCAGGAAUAACCACAUUAGUCUCCUGCCUCUGAUGGUACAGUGCGGGUACCUUUGAGGGUUAAGAUGUUGUGUUUGGGUGUUGUAAAAAAGCACAUAAUCCAAAGUAUCAUUGGUUUUGUUAUGUGUGUUUGACCAGUUUUCUUGUGUUUUUAGGUUUAAAGUACUACUGUAUGGUGUAGCUACAUGUUUGACAAACUUUUGCCAUCUAAUAUCCUUGUCCUGAUCAUUGUACUGUCCUCUGUCUAUUCAUAGAUCAUGUGUUGAGAGGUAGAUCCUUUACAAUAGUGUUACAGAAGAUUAAAAAAAGUGUCAGAUCAGAUGUCCCACUAACACACUCGCCUUAUUCUUUCUAUAAUAAUGUACAUUACAGACUAUUUUGUUUUUGGCUUAUUUUAAAAUCCUCAAAGGAGAGUUCAAGGUAUUAACAUGCCACAGUUUGUAAUACGGAGGCCUACUGUGACGUCCCUGUAAUAGAGUCAUAAAUGUUGGAUGUGCUGAAAUUCUACUGAAAUCCCAAAGGGGUCAGAAGUUAGUCUUAUGUUGCAGUGGGGAUCAACAAUGGGGAACUUGGCUGUCAAACAGCUCAAUGACCAUAUGCUACUCAACUCUACAGUGACAAUCAUAGGCUUUUACAAAAAUGUACGUAAUGAAUUCAUUUUCUUGUAAACUAGGCUGCAGUUUGUGCUUGGUCUUAAUAGUGUUAUGUCUUGUGUGAGUGUUUCUGAGAGAGUGGCUGAAUUGUGUGUUGCAGAGAAAGAGGAGAAAGAAGAAGCAUUUGGCAAAUUUGAAUGUUUAAAAAA